AUGAAGCAACCUGAUGUAUCGAAUCAAUUCAUGACCAAAAUUAGUGCAUCUAUCAAGAGUUUGGAGACUCAGAUUGGUCAGUUGGCUAGCUUAAUGACAACCCGUGCUCAAGGAAACUUACCAAGCACUACUGAGGUAAACCCAAAAGAGCAGUGCAAUGCAAUAUCUUUGAGGAGUGGUAAGGAGUUAAAAGAGCCAAAAAUGGUUGAUGAAAAGAAGGGUAAAGUAAAAGAAGAGGUUACUGAGAACCUUGAGAAGAAGCAUCCAGAAAUAAGUAUUGAUUAUCAUAUCAAGAUUCCUUAUCCACAGAGGCUUCAAAAGAAUACGCUUGACAAGCAGUUUUCUAAAUUUCUAGAUAUCUUUUGGAAGCUACACAUCAAUAUCCAAUUUUCUGAGGCGCUUGAACAAAUGCCAAGUUAUGCUAAAUUUAUGAAGGAGAUCCUAUCAAAUAAAAAUAAGUUGAAGGACUAUGAAAUGGUGGCACUUACUGAGGAGUGCAGUAAAGCACUUUGUGAUUUAGGGGCAAGUGUGAAUUUAAUGCCUCUAUCCAUUUAUCAAAAAUUGAAAUUAGAAGAAGCUAAAUCAACAACUAUGGCGCUUCAGAUGGCGGAUCGCUCAGUCAAACACCCUCAUGGAGUGAUUGAAGAUGUACUAGUAAAGGUGGAUAAAUUUAUCUUCCCUGCUGAUUUUAUUAUUCUUGAUAUGGAUGAAGAUAAAAAUAUUCCAAUUAUCCUUGGGAGGCUAUUUUUAGCUACUGGGAGAGCAUUAAUCGAUGUGCAAAAAAGAGAAUUACAAUUGCGAGUGCAAAAAGAGGAAGUGACGUUUAAGGUGUUUGCAACAACUGAAAUUCCUACUUGUUGUAGAAUUGAUGCAGUGGAUAUUGAUAGGAGUCCUACAAGUAUGAAAAAUAAGAAGUUGUUAGUUUGUGAAUCAAGUUGUUUGGAAGCCGAUGAUACUAAUUGCCAUAUGAUAUAA